AUGGAAAGAGAUUUGCCCCAUGGGGAGGGAUUCCUCCUCUGCCUCCUUCUCCACCUGCUGCUUCAAGGUAAGACGCUUCAAAUGAUGACAUCAUUCCUGUGGCUAACUAUGUUUAUCAGGUGGAACCCAGAAGAAUGUGGGGGCAUCAGGAAGCUCAGCAUAGCAACUGAAAACCUGUGGCUUCCAGAUAUCUUCAUCAAGGAGUUGAUAAUUGUGGACCAGGCACCUACGGGGCUCAUGGCUAUGUCAGCAGUGAAGGGAGGGUCCAAUACAACAAGCCAAUGAAGGUGGUCUCCAUCUGUAGCCUGGACAUUUUCUAUUUCCCCUUUGAUGAACAAAACUGCACGUUCACCUUUAACUCUUUCAUCUACACAGGUGAGUGAGGCUCAUAAAUAGUCUUGCAGGAUAUUUCAAACAUAUCACGGACCCUCAUUCAGAGCAAGGGAGUGGUUACUUCUGGGUAUCUACCAGAGCACAAAGAAGACGAUUGUGAGCACCAACCAGUACGACCAACUUGUUUUCCAUGUGGCCAUCAGGCGCAGGCCCAAACUCUAUGUCAUAAACCUUCUGGUGCCCAGUAGCUUUCUGGUUGCCAUCGACGCCCUCAGCUUCUACCUGCCAGCAGAAAGUGGGAACCGCGCCCCAUUCAAGAUGACCCUUCUGCUGGGCUACAACGUCUUCCUGCUCAUGAUGAAUGACUUACUCCCAGAUACUGGCACUCCCCUUAUUAAAGUCUGGGAGGAUCCAGUGGUCCUCACACAGGCCUGCCUUGCCUUCCCUCCAGAUGUCUACUUUACUGUCUGUCUGUCCCUGAUGGUGCUCAGCCUGCUGGAGACCAUCUUCAUCACCUACAUGCUGAACCUGGCCACCACCAAGCCCCCACCCAUACCCCCGUGGUUCCAUUCCCUGCUUCUGCACUGCACCAGCCCAAUGAAAUGCUGUCCCACUGCUCCCCAGAAGGGAAACAAGGACCUGGGCCUCACCCCCGCCCACCUGCCUGGUCUGAAGGAGCCUGUAGAGUUUGUGCAGAAGGUGCCAGGUCCCCAGGAGGGGACCAAUGGUUGCCCUGUGUCAGCAAGAAUCUGUCAGGAAGAUGUGGCUCAGAAGCAGCGCUUGGUCAGCCUGUGGAUACAGUUCAGCCGCAUGAUGGACACCCUGCUGUUCCGCCUCUACCUGCUCUUCAUGGCCACCUCCAUCAUCACAGUCAUCGUCCUCUGGAACACCUAG